GAAGUUUGUGUUCUCACACGGUGUACAGUACAUGCUCAUUUUUUAAAAAUCUGCGUGAAGAAUUGAUAAACUUAUAACGUUUUUGGUUAAUUUAAGGAAGCUACAGUUCCAGCCCUCAGUUUCUGAUUUCCGACCAGGACAAGAUCGUUUCCUGAUACAUAGCCUAAUCAAAUCGUCCAUCAAUAUGGCAGGCGCUGAACAAGACUUGCCUACAACUCUGUCGAGUUACAAACUCCAGCUGCGUCAGGUGGAAGCAGCGCUCACGCAGCAACCAGACAAUCCCGAGUUCCUGGCUCUUCAGCAAAAUCUACGCGAAGUCAUUGAUCUGACGCUGGAAUUGAUAGCUCAGGUUCGCACUAAUGCUCCCGCUAAUGCUGAUGAUAGUAAAGAAACUCUUUCUGAUUGGAACGAAGGCGAUGCCUGCGUGGCUUUAUGGUCGGAGGAUGGCGAGUUCUACGAUGCAGUUAUCAAACAGAUUUCGGAUGAUGGACACUGUGUGGUGGAGUUUAGGGAUCUCAAUACGACAGAUAACACUCCGAUAUCGACGCUCCAGAAGCCCGGAGCUGUACAGACUAAAAAGCCAAGUCGUCCCACAGAAUUUCAGUAUGAAGAUGUUCCUUCCACUAGUGUCGCCAUGGAACAGCGGUUGGCCUCCAAAAACAAACGCGAUCAGCUGAAAGCGCAGAUUGAAGCCAAAAAGAAAAAGCGUCAAAAGUAUAACGACAAAAUGAAAGAGAUCGAAGAAGUUAGAGAAAAAGAAGCCAGCAAAUGGAAAAACUUUCAGACUAAGACUACCAGAAAGCAGUACGCCGGUGUGACAAAGAAGAGCAUUUUCGCCACCUCUGAGCAGGCGCAAGGACGCGUUGGAGUGGGUACAUGUGGAAUUAGUGGGAAACCAAUGACGAAGGAUGCUGCACCAGCUAUAGGGAAAACGUUGGUAACGAAAAAAUCCACCCUUUACAAUCCACGAACAAACUAAGUCUUAAUGGUUGUGUUUAUUGUUCCGGCUGUUGCAAGCAGCUAUGUAUACAGUUUCGCUGUUGGAAAUUCGUUAUUAGUUGGGACUUCGGGAGGUAAUACGAAAAUGUUUAGUCGAUGACACUUAUUUCAUUCGGAUUUUCUUUGAAUCGUCCAGAUUUGUUUCGUACUUACGAUAAGUACAGAUCUUGCAUGGUUUGAGUUUGGAUAUCGUCUGAACUCGGAAGUAGUGUUGAAAUCAAAAGAGAAUACUUGUUUGACAAAA